AUGGCUGUGGAAGAUUUGGUUGAGAUGAAAUUCAGGCUUGCUGAUGGCAGUGACAUUGGACCAAGCAAGUUUAGUCCUUCUACAAUCGUGUUAUCUCUAAAGGAAAAGAUGACUUCUUUAUGGCCUAAAGCCUUGCCUGCACUAGGCCUAGGUAGACUGCCCAUCCAAGCCGGAGGCAACAUACUGGUUGUAGUCCUUGGAUCGCCUCAGCAUUGUAGUGCUGGUGGAUUCAAUGAAGAUGAGGCUCGCUUUUUCUUCCAGCAGCUAAUAUCUGGUGUUAGUUACUGUCAUUCAAUGGAAAUCUGUCACAGGGACUUGAAGCUGGAAAACACACUUUUGGAUGGGAGUCCAACACCACGUCUUAAAAUAUGUGAUUUUGGUUAUUCUAAGUCCGGUUUGUUGCACUCACAACCCAAAUCGGCAGUUGGAACACCAGCAUAUAUUGCACCUGAGGUCCUGUCAAGGAAGGAAUAUGAUGGCAAGUACAAUGCUAUUAAAUGCUCUUGAGGAGAUGAAAAAGGUUGGCUUUUGGAUAUGCUCAUGAAGAUGACUUCAGUUUGACACAAAUUGCUGCUUUAGUCUAUGUUUUUGUUUGGAAAGAGUACUUUAUUUUUUUGGAUGCGUAAUGGCUGUUACUAGUUGAACUGAUGUGAAUUUAGUACUCUAUUGUUUGGAUGGAUAAUGGCUGUUAGUACUUGAACUAAUGUGGGCUUUGGAACCCAUUUUGGUUAAUGUGUGUUGUGAUGAAUUUAGAGAUGUUUAUAACCAUAUAUAUAUAUUUGAGGGUUCAUUGUACAUUAA